AUGGGCUACGAAAAACCACUUGAGUUAUUGGUCGAUUGGUCGACAUACACAUAUGCAGGAUUCGGAGUUACCUUGCGGAAGCCAAAAGACAACUUCCUUCUCCUGGACACCUAUCAGUCACCUAUCAAUCAAUUUCAGUGCGCCCCUGGGAAAAUCUACAAAAUAAAGUCUGACAGGACGCACGGCUUACAGCUGUGCUUUACUGAACACAUUUAUUCAACAGACUUUUUGGUGCUGCAUGAGGGAUUUGAACAGCUCACCAACCUUCAUGAAUUGAGCAACGCCUGA